GUCUGUGUGUGCGUGUGUCGGCUUCGUGUGAUAAGUGUCAUGUCCCGCCCAGGACAUGCAGCCUCAUUAUAGCAUCUUCAGCAGCCAGGUGCCACUUGGAGACAACCACCGGUGUCCCAUGAGAAGGACCGACAUGACAACCAGCGGCAGGACUUAGAGGUGGCAUUCAGAGUCACAACCAGACUACAUAAAAGGAAAUCUGCUGUGAGAGGUGACCAGUAUGUCAUCUGGCGAAGAGACUUCUCAAACUUCCACUUCCUCCUCAUCUACCUCUCACUUCAUCGGAAAGAAGGAGGACAUUGUCAAAGCUGGGCGUGUGACAAAACUGGUGAACGGAUGCAGAGAUGUGCUGGUCUUGUACCACCAGGGACAGUUUCAUGCAAUGGACAUGAGGUGCUACCAUUCGGGCGGUGCAUUACAAUAUGGAGAUAUUGAGGAGUUUAAUGGACGGCUGUGCAUUGUGUGUCCAUGGCACAAGUACAAGAUCACACUUGCAGAGGGGGAAGGGCUGUACCAAGCUGUGGAAGAUCCUAAGGCCAAACCCCUGAAGACGUACUGGUCCUCCAAGGGUGUCAAACAGAGAAUUCAUCAGGUCACUGAGAUCAAUGGGGAUGUAUAUGUAACGCUGAACGACUCCAGUGAGACCAUCGAGUCAGACGCUUAUCAGACUGAGAAAUACAGGACUACCGCACUCAAAGCCGAGAAAAAAACUCAAGCCAAGAAAUAGUUACAUACUCAAGGAUUCUUUGAUUAAACAAUAAAAACUACUUAAAUGCUUCAGGGAUAUUUCAGGUUUUAAUACUAUAUUUCCAAAUAAUACCUGAGAUAAAAAUGUGAAUAUAUGAAUAAAUGUUUUGAUUAUA